CCGCCGCACACCAUGUCCGAAUCCCUGUCCGAAAAGGACACCGUCAAGGUCAACGCAGGCGCCGUCAAAGGCGACAUCGAAUCCGACUCCUACGAUGGUGACGGCGUCCCGAACAGGACCCUCCAUCGUCAGCUCAAGAACAGACAUGUUGCCAUGAUUAGUAUGGGUGGUGUCAUUGGCACUGGUCUUUUCUUAGGUACGGCAAAUGCGCUCAUGCAGGGCGGACCAGUGGGCAUGCUCCUCGGUUAUACUGCUAUGGGUACCGUGGUGUUCGCAAUGAUGACCUCCCUGGGAGAGAUGGUGUCCUACCUCCCCAUUCCCGGUGGACACAUCAAACUCGCCGAACGGUUCGUUAACCCUGCGUUCUCGUUCGCAAUGGGAUGGAAUUACUGGUACAAUUGGCUGAUUACCGCUCCUGUGGAACUUUCGGCUUCAGCUGUGUUGGUCAACUACUGGAACCACUCUGUCAAUGACGGCGUUUGGAUCGCAAUUUUCGCUGUUGUUGUCAUCGCGAUCAACUUGCUUGGUGCCGGUGCUUACGGCGAGGCGGAGUUCAUCUUUGCCUCAAUCAAGAUUAUAACCAUUGUUGGGUUGAUCAUUCUUGGAAUCGUUUUGGACUUGGGUGGUGGGCCGGACCACGACCGCCUUGGUUUCCGGUACUGGAAGAACCCUGGACCCUUUGCUCAGUAUCUCGGUAUAGCUGGUGCUGAGGGUCGUUUCCUUGGAUUUUGGGCUGUGCUCGUACAAGCCUCAUUCUCAUUCCAAGGAACGGAGAUUGUUGCUAUAGCAGCUGGUGAAGCGAAGAACCCGCGUCGUAACCUCCCCAAGGCCGUUAAGCGCGUCUACAUCCGUAUUCUGUUCUUCUAUAUCCUUGGUACACUCAUGAUCGGUCUGCUGGUUCCCUACAACAAUCCUCGCCUGAACCUUGCGGACGGAACGGCUGCUGCAUCGCCCUUUGUCAUUGCCAUUGAAAUUGCUGGUAUCAAAGCACUUCCUUCCAUCAUCAACGCAUCACUCCUCACUGCAGCAACGUCGGCAGCGUCUAGCGAUAUUUAUACUUCUUCCCGCGCACUAUUUGGUUUGGCUGCUGCAGGCAACGCUCCCAAAAUCUUCCUCAGGGUCACUAAGAAUGGCAUGCCUUGGGUUUCAGUUACUUUCUGCUCCCUUUUCGUGGUUCUUGCAUAUAUGAGUCUUGGUAGUGGAUCGGCGGGACAAGUGUUCGAUUGGUUAUCGACGAUGACAUCGAUCUCCGGUUUAAUGACUUGGUUCGGGAUCUCGAUCACAUACAUCCAGUUCUACAAAGGAACCAAGGCACAGGGACUCGACCGCACGACAUUCCCAUAUUGGACGCGGUUCCAGCCCUUCUGCGGCUACUACUCCGCGGUGGCCUGUUUCGUUAUCGCAUUCUUUUCCGCCUUCAACGUCUUUAUCCACGACCAGUGGAACACUGCGACGUUUGUCACCUCUUACCUUCCGUUCAUCGGCUUCUUCAUCUUGUAUGGUGGAGCUUACCUGUAUUACCGGGUUCCGCCUGUGAAACCGGCUGAUAUGGACUUCGUGACGAAUAUUGCGGAGAUCGAAGCCGACGAGGUGGAUGAUCCGCCGCCGAAGAACAAGAUGGAGGCAUUCUGGGCCUGGCUGAUGUGAGCUACACGGUGACAGUGGAGGAUCAGGUGCAGACGUGUUGUAUUGCAGGUUGUAUUUCGACGAUGUUAAUAUCCAGUAUAAUAUACAUAUCAUAAGACUGUCGAUUUCCC